AUGAUGGCAGAGAAAGAGCCCAACCACAACCACAACCAGGCCGGUCACUCACGGCCAGGAAGCCAACACUCAUCAAUAGCAGCCUCCUUCCCGCAGGAAAAGCCCAAACUUGAAGAAGCCAGCACCUCGGAAGCAGACACUACUACCCCAGGCGACGGCGGGUUUGCCCCUAUCCGUACCGGGCCCAGCCGCAACCAUCCCCCUGUCGCCAGGCAGAUUAGCCUCGAAACCCUGUCAACUCUCCGUAGGGAACGCUCCAACAACGGCUUCGGCGUGGACGACAUCGAGCAGGGCGCCGAUGGCGCCGUGGUGGCUCCGUAUAACCACCCGAAUCCUAGUUCGGCCGGGGCUAUUGGCGGUGCGAGCCCGGAGCGCGACCCGUACGAGGUCGGCUGGGAUGGCGGCGAUGCGGACCCGAUGUGCCCCCGGAGCAUGCCGACGUGGAGGAAAUGGUUAAUUGUGGGCAUUACAAGCGUGGGUAGCUUUUGCGUGACCAACGCUUCUGCCUCAUACACUGCCACAUACGGGCAGAUGAACGAGGAAUUCCACACUUCACGGCUUGUUUCCACACUUGGUUUGUCAACCUUCGUGCUGGGCAUUGGCAUGGGCCCGUUUUGGUCGCCGCUGGCCGAGUUCUAUGGCCGGCGUCCCAUCUAUCUGGCCUCGUUCGCGGCGUUCAUCGUCUGGCUGAUUCCAUCAGCCAUGGCGAAGAAUAUUGAGACCAUGAUCAUUGCUCGAUUUUUUCAGGGGCUUGCUGGAAGUGCCUUCCUGUCUGUUUCGGGAGGUACCGUCGGCGACAUGUUCACUCGCGAUACCAUGCUUGCACCCAUGGCCAUCUUCGCUCUGGCGCCAUUCGUUGGGCCGUCGACUGGUCCUCUCAUAGGUGGGUUGAUCAAUAUGUACACCAACUGGCGUUGGACGCACUAUGUGUUGUUGAUUGAGGCUGGUGUGCUGUUGUUGAGCAUUGCAUUGUUCGUACCGGAGACAUACCACCCGGUCCUGCUCAAACGAAAGGCAGAAAAGCUCCGCAGAGAAACAGGCGAUGACAGAUGGCGUGCCCCAAUCGAAAAGACCACACGAUCAGUGACCAAGACAGUGGCCUGGUCCCUCCUCCGGCCCUUCCAGAUCCUCUUCCUCGAGCCGAUGGCCAUGAUCCUAAACAUCUACACCGCCAUGCUGCUAGGUCUGCUCUACCUCUUCUUCGGCGCCUUCCCACUCAUCUUCCGCACAAACUACGACUUCAACCUGUGGCAGGUGGGCUUGACAUUCAUGGGCUUGCUGGUAGCUAUGAUCCUUGCAUGCCUGAGCACGCCCAUUUGGAACCGCAUCCGCGAGCAUUUGGUCGAGAAGCGCCGCAAGGAGACUGGCGUUGUCAAGGACGAGCCUGAGGACCAACUGCCGCCUGUCAUAUUUGGUGCGCCGCUGAUCACGGGUGGCCUGUUCUGGUUUGGGUUUACCACGUAUCCUCAUGUGCACUGGAUCGUGCCCAUCAUUGGGUCGGCCCUCUUUGGUCUUGGGUUUGGCCAGGCAGCUGGUAACCUGUGA